AAGUACUUUUCUCCAUAUAUCUUCCUACCUUUUAACAUAUUUGAUUUUUAUUUUUUAAUUUUUUUUGGCAUCACUACAAGAAAACAGAAAAAAAAAAAAGUUCUGUUCAAGUGUCUUUGUGUUUCCAUUUUCAAUUUCAUUCAAAAUUUCAGUCACAACUAGAACGAAAACAUGCAGCGAAUCUUUGGUGUUAAGAAGCAGAAAGAUCCUCCUCCUUCUGUUCAAGAUGCUUCUGAUCGGAAGUAAUCUCUAUUACAUGCUGAAUUACUUGUUCGCUAGAUCUUUUGAACGUGUGACUUGUCAGUUUGUAGUGCUACACGAGCCGGGCUUAUGCAAUCUUCUUGUGGUUAUGAUAUCAACAAAAGAGGGGAAACCGUUGAUGAGAAGAUUAAAAGGCUUGAUGCAGAAUUGGCUAGAUACAAAGAACAGUUAAAAAAAACUCGUCCGGGUCCUGCUCAGGAAGCUGUGAAGGCUCGAGCUAUGAGGGUUCUCAAACAAAAACGAAUGUAUGAAGGGCAGCGUGAUAUGCUUUACAACCAAACAUUUAAUCUUGACCAAGUUUCAUUUGCUGCUGAGGGUAUUAAGGAUGCUCAGCAAACUAUGUCGGCACUGAAAGCUGCAAACAAGGAUUUAAAAGGAAUGAUGAAAACGGUGAAAAUUCAAGAAAUAGAUAACCUUCAAGAUGAGAUGAUGGAUUUGAUGGAUACAAGUAAUGAGAUUCAGGAGACACUUGGAAGAAGCUACAAUUUGCCCGAUGACAUUGAUGAGGAUGACCUGAUGGGCGAGCUUGAUGCUCUGGAAUUAGACAUGGAAUCCGAAAGUCAGGGGGUUCCUUCUUAUCUUCAGUCUGAACCCGAUAUGGAGGAAGAACUCAACUUGCCAUCAGCUCCUACUGCAAUGCCUCCGGGAAGAACCAAUGUUCAGUCGGAGGAUGAACUGGGCUUGCCUGCUGUGCCCCGAGCUUCACUCCGUAGUUGAGAGCAUUGAAGAACGUUUGAAGCGGCAUGUCAUUUAUGGAGCUGAUUUGGUACUACAAUUUCUAUGCAGGAUACUCAGUGACUCGAUGUCUUUUUUUAGGAUCCUUGUCCUAUCUUUCUAUUCUAUAUUUGGGCUGGGGGCAUUUGUUGUUGAAUGUGUGGAAAUUCAUUCUUCUGGUUUAUUGAAAUAUAAUAACUGGUACAUCUGUAGCCUAAUUUAACAUUAUUGCAAUAUUAGUAAAUUUCCUCUGUAUUUUCCUUCAA